GCUGACCUGAUUUCUGUGCUGCUGCAGGUUUUGCACCUGAUUGCGGAGCGAGGGAACAUUUGUAAUCAGAUUCACCUUCCAGCCCAGAGCGGGAGCAGCCGGGUCCUGAACGCAAUGCGACGUGGCUACAGAAGAGAAGCUUAUCUUGAUCUGGUGAAGAACGUUAAGAGAAUUAUUCCAGAGGUGGCUCUCAGCAGCGACUUCAUCUCAGGCUUCUGUGGUGAAACGGAGGAUGACCACCAGCAGACUCUGUCUCUGAUCAGAGAGGUGGGCUACAACGUGGGAUUCCUCUUUGCCUACAGUAUGAGGAAGAAAACCCACGCCCACCAUCGGCUGGAAGAUGACGUGCCAGCAGAGGUAAAGCGGCGGAGGCUGGAGGAGUGUAUCGGUGUGUUCAGGGAGGAAGCUGCCAGGGUCAACGCUGCUCUCAUCGGCAGCACACAGCUGGUCCUGGUGGAGGGACAAAGUAAAAGAUCCGCGGAGGACCUGUGUGGGAGAACUGAAGGCAACGUGAAAGUGAUUUUCCCCAAAGAGGAUGUUGCUGUUCAGGCUGCAGAAUCCAACACUGCACCGAUCAACGCUGGAGACUAUGUGCUGGUGAAGAUAUCGUCGGCCAGUUCCCAGAGCCUGAGAGGUCGAGCCCUCAGUGGCAGCUCCCUGAGAGGCUCGGUGAAGCAGUGUGAGACUCUGACCAGGCACCAGGUCGAUGCACGCGUGGCCUCGGACACGGCCAGGAUUGAAACCUGCCACUGA